UUGACACCAACUCCUGCGCUUUCACUCCCUCCAGUUUCUGCCUCCUUGGAGGCGCACAGGCUGGUGGUCACUCUGGCUCACUCCUUUCCCCGCAACCAGUUUUUGUUUAUUUAGAAGAUGUAACCUCGAUUAAUUUUGCACAGCAAAACUGGAUACGCGUGACUCGCAGUCAACAUUUUUCGUUUCUUUUGCGCUACGGAGUGAUGCGAAGUGGAUGGAACGCACUGGGAAUAAAACUUGGGUUGCGCACUGGCGUGGCACGUCAGUUGUGUCCGCGCUUGGAUAGAUAGAGGCUGUUUCUUUCUGUCAUGGUCUCAACAUUCGCGGUGAGUUCGUCUGGAGCACUAUGGAGGGAAGAAAGAGACUUUUCUGCUGUAUUCUCUUCGCGGCGCAGCUUUGCCUGAGCUCGGCACAGGUCCUCAGAAUCGGUGGCAUCUUUGAGACCCGAGAGAGCGAGUUGGUGAGCAUGGACGAGCUCGCUUUCAAAUUUGCUGUGAAUAACAUAAACCGCAACAAGACCCUGAUGCCCAACACCACUCUGACCUACGACAUUCAGAGGAUCAACCUCUUUGAUGGAUUCGAGGCUUCCAGGAGAGUGUGUGACCAGCUCGCUCUCGGGGUGGUCGCAGUGUUCGGCCCUUCUCACAGCUCCUCGGUCAGUGCUGUUCAGUCCAUCUGCAAUGCUCUGGAAGUCCCUCACAUACAGACACGCUGGAAACAUCCGUCAGUGGACAACAAAGACACCUUCUUCAUCAAUCUGUACCCUGAGUACACCGCCAUCGCCAGGGCCAUCCUGGACGUAGUCACAUUCUUCAAAUGGAGGAAGCUGACGGUGGUGUAUGAGGACAGCACAGGUCUGAUGCGGAUGCAGGAGCUGAUCAAGGCUCCAGCAAAGUUCAACUUGAAGAUCAAGAUCCGCCAGCUCACCCCGGGUAACCAGGACGCUCGACCGCUGCUUAAGGAACUGAAAAAAGACAGAGAGUUCUUUAUUAUCUUUGACUGCUCCUAUCGCAUGGCUGCAGAGCUCCUGAAGCAGCUUUCAUCGAUGGGGAUGAUGACCGAGUACUACCAUUUUUUCUUCACGACUUUGGAUUUGUUUGCGCUGGAUUUGGAGCCGUACCGCUACAGCGGGGUCAACAUGACGGGCUUCAGGUUGUUGAACAUUGAUGACCCGUGGGUGACCUCUACGAUGGACAAAUGGGCCAUGGAGAGACUGCAAGGUCCCAAACAAGAGAUGGGCCUGAUGGACGGAGUCAUGACUACAGACGCAGCCUUGAUGUAUGACGCAGUGUUUAUGGUCGCUGUUGCGUCUCAGCGAGCCACUCAGAUGACCGUCAGCUCCCUGCAGUGCCAUCGUCACAAACCGUGGCGUUUUGGACCGCGCUUCAUGAACCUUUUCAAAGAGGCACAGUGGGAUGGACUGACGGGGCACAUUGUCCUUAAUAAGACAGAUGGCCUGAGGAGAGACUUUGAUUUGGACAUCAUCAGCCUCAAAGAGGACGGCACUGCCAGGAUUGCUGUGUGGAACUCGUACAAGGGGAUGAACCUGACGGAGAAGUCCAAUCGAGACAAGAAUAACAAUGUGACAGACUCUCUGGCUAACAGGACUCUUAUUGUCACCACAAUACUGGAAAAUCCUUAUGUGAUGGUAAAGAAGUCAGACAAGGAGCUGGUCGGUAAUGACCGUUAUGAGGGCUACUGUCUGGAUCUUUUAAAAGAGCUCUCCAACAUUUUGGGUUUUACGUAUGAAGUCAGGCUGGUGGGGGAUGGCAAAUACGGAGCCCAGAAUGACAAGGGGGAGUGGAACGGGAUGGUCCGGGAGCUGAUCGACCAUGUUGCAGACCUUGCUGUAGCUCCUCUGACCAUCACCUACGUUAGAGAGAAGGUCAUCGACUUCUCCAAGCCCUUCAUGACUUUAGGUAUCAGCAUCCUGUACCGGAAACCUAACGGCACCAACCCGGGCGUGUUCUCCUUUCUUAAUCCUCUGUCUCCUGACAUCUGGAUGUAUGUGCUGCUAGCCUGCACAGGAGUCAGCUGUGUGCUCUUUGUGAUUGCCAGGUUUACUCCGUACGAGUGGUACAACCCACAUCCAUGCAAUCCUUCCUCAACUCUGAUACAAAACAAUUUCACUUUACUCAACAGUUUCUGGUUUGGCGUUGGAGCUCUCAUGCGGCAAGGCUCAGAGCUGAUGCCUAAGGCCCUGUCUACCCGUAUAGUUGGGGGUAUCUGGUGGUUCUUUACUUUGAUCAUCAUCUCCUCCUAUACGGCCAACUUAGCAGCCUUUCUGACUGUGGAACGAAUGGACGCGCCCAUCGACUCGGCAGACGACUUGGCCAAACAGACGAGGAUUGAAUAUGGAGCUGUAAGAGACGGAUCCACAAUGACCUUCUUCAAGAAAUCAAAGAUCUCCACCUAUGAGAAGAUGUGGGCCUUCAUGAGCAGCAGGAAGAACACGGCUUUAGUCAAGAAUAACAGGGAAGGCAUCACUCGGGUCUUGACAACAGACUACGCCAUGCUGAUGGAGUCCACCAGCAUCGAGUACAUCAGCCAGAGGAACUGCAACCUCACACAGAUCGGAGGCCUCAUAGACUCCAAGGGCUAUGGAGUGGGAACACCUAUUGGUUCCCCAUACAGGGAUAAAGUCACCAUCGCCAUCCUUCAGCUGCAGGAGGAAGGGAAGCUGCACAUGAUGAAGGAGAAGUGGUGGAGAGGAAACGGCUGUCCAGAGGAGGACAACAAGGAGGCCAAUGCCUUGGGCGUGGAAAACAUUGGUGGCAUCUUCAUCGUCCUGGCAGCCGGUCUGGUUCUCUCCGUCUUCGUGGCUAUAGGAGAGUUCAUCUACAAGGCCCGCAGGAACGCUGACAUAGAGGAGGCCUUUUGUUUCUUUUAUGGGGUUCAAUCCCGUCAGUUUCAGCGUCGCGGCUCCACCUCCUCCUCUGGCACCUCUUUGUCUACCGAUCUGGAGAGCGGCAGGCUGCUGGGGGAUGACACAGAGUAGCCGUGGCAGCACAUUUACUACAUCACAUACUCACUCUAGAUGAUAGGUUUGUAACCAGUCAUCCCUCCCACUGCCCUUGUUGAAAAUAUCCCAGCAUACCUUGCACCUUCACCUGCAGUUUCACCCAAUCCCAAUUACUCGACUUUCAAAGCUUGACCCUCUGGAUUUACCUGACAAAUGUCUGUUUUGUCUUGUGGUUGUGUUCAGCUGCGAUGUCAGUGAACUUUCCGGUACAACUUCAGGCCACAAUAGACUGCCAGCUUUAUUCUUGUUAUUGUGAAACCACUGAUACAUUCAGGCAAUGUGGUUUCACACAGAGUUCCUCUUAACACUCAGCCAUAGAGUUUCAAUAACUGGGUCUUUUUCUUCAGUAAAACAGAAAAUUUUUGGGACUGGCAAGCUUGAAUACAUCUUAUCUUAAUUAUAAGUGACCUCUCAUUUGCGUGCUCUCAUAUGUGAGGAGCACUUAUCUGAUUGAAGCCUACAAAUAUGGACUUUUAUGAUAGAAACACUUAAGACAUUAGGAAAGUGUGAGUGGUGUAUUCUUGUCCAAAAUUAUGAAAUUCUGUGUAAUUUUCAAAUUGCAGCAUCUUAUUUCACUCUGUAUAAAAAGUUAUGUGUGGUGUUAAGCUGUUUUCUUGCAUCUGGUUAAGUAGUUUUCCAAUAGAAGUUUUGGUCUCAGCAGACAAGUGUGUGUGUUCUUAGGAUGCCUUUUGGGAAAUCAAAAGAUAGGAAAAGUUAUUUGAAUAUUUUCCUUCUCAUUAACCUCGUUGGUGGACUGGUUUGGUUGACUGAAAUUCGAUUAACAGUGAUUGAACAACGUGUCGAGUUAAGAUGUCCCCUGACACGAACCGAGGGCCAAAAGUAAAGUUGUAGCAUCAUAAAUAACCUUUGGUGACUGCAGAACAUUUUAACUGAAGUAAUGAUGGAUGGGACCACAGAGGAAUAUACAUUUCAAGGGCUUUUCUGCUCCCCUGCACUGACCUUGUCAUCUAGAUCCAUCUGUCUCUGAAGUACAACCCAAGAAAUAUUAGGAAAUAUUCAGUUAGGUAUGGCAAUUAUUAGGUACAAAAAAUAACCGAUGCCACUUGCACUGAAGGGCAUAAAAUCAGUUCACAUAACGAAUGCAUAUUAUAUAAACCCUUUAGUAAAGAUACCUGAUUUUGUGUUGUGUGUCUAUGUCUGUGUGUGCAAAGGUGAAAUACACUCAGAGUGCUACGUGACAGGAGUCUGUAACUCUGCGAUAUGACAAGUAAAUUAAUUUCAACUUCAUACUUGAUUUAGUUCCAGUCAGGCAUGGUUAUAUUUUUACAAUGUCCUACUAAGUCCAAAGCAUAUAUAACUUCAGUCUGUGGUUUUUCGCAGCCUGUAAGGGCAGAAUUGGGAACACGGUAGGCUUUUUCCACUGAUGCUGAGUGUUACUGGUAUUCGUGGGAAACCCUGCAUGAAGCCACAUUUGGUUGAGAAGUCUUAGGUAAAGUCUAAAGAUAAAAGGAGGCGAUCUUCGGGUGUCUUUGGCUCUAAAGACCCAACAGAUAAACCGAAAACUUUGUGCUGCAAAUGAUGAUUUGCAAAAUAAAUUUUGUGAAACACACCAUCCAAAGGGGAGCAAAAAUAAACGGCAAAUAAGCAUGAUUGAAGAUUAAUGUGUUCAAUGCAAUGUAAUAUUCAGCAAAUUUCCUGGGGCUUUUCAUUUCAGACGGCCUUCUCUUUGAUAAUUUCAAAUUAUUACUAUAUUAUGAAUUCAUAGCUUCCUGCAGUAGGAUUCUGCACAGCAGACCCUGCCCUUCAUCUCUUGUCUGUGUAAUUGGAUUUUAUGAUGAGACAACAGGGUCUUUUACAACUCCUUUAGAUACAUUUACACUUCAUGUGUGGUUUGUCAUUUCUGCCCAGCUAACUUGAGGUUAUUGGCUGCUUUCAGCUGCACCCAAACUCCCAGAAGCUGAUUCCAGUAAUUCCAUAACCAGUGCAGUUACAUAGCAGAGAUAUAUUAUUUUUAUGUUAAUACAUUCACAGCCUUUAAACUCAUUGCCAAAGUUCAUAGCGAUUGUACUGAAUUUAUUGGAAAUAAUCUUUAUUGGUGUCUUAAACCAGGCUUUUAAUUAUUCAUCUCUUUGGCAGUGCAUGUCUUUUAGCGCCGUUAUGGAGGAGUUGGGCAUCUCCCUGCAGUGUUACAAAGGCAUCCGGAGGAGGUCGCGGCCUCAUGGCGGGGCGAGGUCGGCUUGCAUCUUCUGUCAACC